CGCGCCCCGCCCGCCAGCCGGCCCCGAUCGGCCCGGCCGCAGCCAUGGGGCUGCCCACCCUGGAGUUCAGCGACUCGUACUUGGACAGCCCGGACUUCAGGGAGCGACUGCAGUGCCACGAGAUCGAGCUGGAGCGGACCAACAAGUUCAUCAAGGAGCUCAUCAAGGACGGCUCCCUGCUGAUCGGGGCGCUGCGCAACCUGUCUAUGGCAGUGCAGAAGUUCUCCCAGUCACUCCAGGACUUUCAGUUCGAAUGCAUUGGUGAUGCAGAAACGGACGAUGAAAUUAGUAUUGCUCAGUCACUAAAAGAAUUUGCAAGGCUGCUCAUUGCAGUAGAAGAAGAACGGCGAAGACUGAUUCAAAACGCUAAUGAUGUAUUAAUUGCGCCACUUGAGAAAUUCCGAAAAGAACAGAUAGGUGCUGCAAAAGAUGGAAAGAAGAAGUUUGACAAGGAGAGCGAGAAAUACUACUCUAUUCUUGACAAGCAUUUGAAUUUGUCUGCGAAGAAAAAGGAAUCUCAUUUACAAGAGGCAGAUACACAGAUUGACCGAGAACAUCAAAACUUCUAUGAAGCAUCAUUAGAAUAUGUCUUUAAAAUCCAAGAGGUUCAAGAAAAAAAGAAAUUUGAAUUUGUUGAGCCGCUUUUAUCAUUCCUCCAGGGUUUAUUUACUUUUUACCACGAGGGAUAUGAACUUGCCCAGGAAUUUGCACCCUACAAGCAACAGCUGCAGUUCAACCUGCAGAAUACGAGGAAUAACUUCGAAAGUACUCGGCAAGAGGUGGAGCGAUUGAUGCAGAGGAUGAAAUCUGCCAACCAGGACUACAGGCCGCCCAGCCAGUGGACGAUGGAGGGCUAUCUCUACGUCCAGGAGAAGCGCCCACUUGGUUUCACAUGGAUUAAACAUUAUUGUACAUAUGAUAAGGGAAGUAAAACAUUUACAAUGAGUGUUUCAGAAGUGAAAUCCAGUGGGAAAAUGAAUGGCCUUGUGAGUAGCUCACCGGAAAUGUUUAAAUUAAAGUCAUGUAUCCGACGAAAGACAGAUUCCAUUGACAAAAGGUUCUGCUUUGACAUAGAAGUAGUCGAGAGGCAUGGAAUUAUCACAUUGCAGGCUUUCUCUGAAGCUAACAGAAAGCUCUGGCUUGAAGCCAUGGAUGGAAAGGAACCGAUUUACACCCUGCCUGCCAUAAUUAGCAAGAAAGAAGAAAUGUAUUUGAAUGAAGCAGGGUUCAACUUUGUGAGAAAAUGCAUCCAAGCUGUGGAAACAAGAGGCAUCACCAUUUUAGGCCUAUACCGAAUAGGAGGAGUGAACUCCAAAGUUCAGAAACUCAUGAACACCACGUUUUCUCCAAAAUCACCUCCUGAUAUUGACAUUGAUAUUGAACUGUGGGACAAUAAGACCAUAACGAGUGGGCUGAAAAACUACCUCAGGUGCCUUGCAGAACCACUGAUGACUUACAAGUUGCACAAGGAUUUCAUCAUGGCUGUUAAGUCAGAUGACCAGAACUACAGGGUGGAGGCUGUACAUGCAUUGGUGCACAAAUUACCUGAGAAAAACAGAGAGAUGCUGGACAUCCUGAUAAAGCAUCUGGUCAAAGUAUCACUGCACAGCCAACAAAAUCUCAUGACUGUCUCCAAUCUCGGCGUCAUUUUUGGCCCCACUUUGAUGAGAGCUCAGGAAGAAACUGUGGCUGCUAUGAUGAAUAUUAAAUUCCAGAACAUAGUGGUUGAGAUUCUCAUAGAGCACUACGAAAAGAUUUUUCAUACUGCCCCAGACCCAAGCAUUCCUCUCCCUCAGCCUCAGUCUCGAUCGGGAUCCCGAAGGACACGAGCCAUCUGCCUCUCUACAGGUUCUCGGAAACCCAGGGGAAGGUACACUCCGUGCCUGGCGGAGCCUGACAGUGACUCCUACAGCAGCAGCCCAGACAGCACACCUAUGGGCAGCAUUGAGUCUCUCUCCUCUCACUCCUCUGAACAAAAUAGCACUACAAAGUCAGCCUCCUGCCAGCCCAGGGAGAAGCCUGGAGGGAUUCCCUGGAUUGCAACGCCAUCGUCUUCCAAUGGACAGAAGAGUCUUGGUGUCUGGACAACCAGUCCUGAAUCAAGCUCUCGAGAAGACGCAACCAAAACAGAUGCAGAAUCCGAUUGCCAGAGCGUGGCGUCAGUCACUAGCCCCGGGGACAUUUCGCCGCCCAUAGACCUGGUGAGGAAGGGGCCUUCUGGACUUUCAGGACUGAAGCGUCCCUCUGCUUCCUCUCUGAGAUCUGUUUCUGCAGCCGAGGGAAACAAGAGCUAUAGUGGAUCUGUUCAAAGCCUAACUUCUAUUGGUUCCAAGGAGACACCCAAAGCCACACCAAACCCAGAGCUGCCACCAAAAAUGUGCAGGAGGUCACGGCUGGAUCCUGCCUCUAGCAAUGGCUACCAGCGCCCUGGCUCCGUAGUGGCAGCAAAGGCCCAACUAUUUGAAAAUGUUGGUUCACUGAAGCCAGUUUCUUCUGGGCGCCAAGCAAAAGCCAUGUACUCCUGUAAAGCAGAGCACAGCCAUGAGCUGUCCUUUCCCCAGGGGGCGAUAUUUUCUAAUGUGUACCCAUCAGUGGAGCCGGGAUGGUUAAAGGCAACUUAUGAAGGCAAAACAGGACUAGUCCCUGAAAAUUACGUUGUCUUCCUCUAAUACUGUUUAGUGGAUGGCAGUAUCUUCAUGGUAUCCAUGGUAACAAAUAAUAAGUGCUAUGAUUUAUCUGACACAGAUAUGGGGAUCAGCCCUCGAAAUGAAAA